GAGAGAGAAAACGUGCCCCUUAUUUGACCUUCUGCUAAUAAGCUUCACAUCACGAGUUAACCAAAGCUUUCUUUCUCUCUCUCUCUCUCUCUUUCUCUCUUCCUGAGCCUUUCUCUCCCUCUCACUUUCUGUAGCUCUGUCUCACAGACAAAUUGUACACACAUGCAUGCACAUACAUACGUGUGUACAUUCAGGAUUCGGCUGAAACAAAACAAGGAUACCUUACUCUACUCUGAAAUCUUUAAAUUGAAAAAAAAUUGUUAGCUAAAGAAGCGGCCAUUACAAUAUUAGAAGGAAAGAAAGUUUUGCUGCAGCGAUCUACUAAAGCAUCUGAACAAAAUAAGAAGCUUCCAAAGAAAAGUCAUUUUGCUGUAUACUUAAAGUGUUCUGCUUCAAGAAACAAUACUUGGAAUUAUCUUUGACCCAUAAAAAAGGUAUUGUGUCUUCCAAUCCUUACAAGAAAACAUCAAGGGAUAUCCAAACAGAGCAAGUGCAACCAAAAAGUUGAAAGGACAAGUUCACAAAAUGCAGCAGCUUCUCAGGAAAACAGUUGUAUUUUUCUUCCUGAUCCUGAUGAUAGUCAAGGCUGAUGUUGACAGCAACAAAAAAAGAAAGGAAGAAAGGAAAAACAGAAAGGCAGUUUGUGGGGAGUGGCAAUGGAGUGUCUGUGUACCACACUCUGGCGAUUGUGGAGUGGGAACAAGAGAAGGUACCCGCAUAGGACCUCAGUGUAAGCAGACCAAAGAACAGACAUGCAAGAUCCCUUGCAACUGGAAAAAGCAAUUUGGAGCUGACUGCAAAUACCAGUUUCAGCCAUGGGAAGAAUGUAAUCCAAACACUGGAUUUCGAGUUCGGACUGGUGAAUUAAAAAGAGCUCUGCACGAUGCCAACUGUGAUAAAACUGUCACUGUCACAAAACCCUGUGGAAAGAUGGCCAGAGAAUCCAAGAAGAAUAAAAAGGAAGGAAGGAAAAGGGAAAAAGUGGCUGAUGAAUGAUUCUACGUGUCAGGAAAUAUGAGAUUCAGAGGAGCUACUUGUACUUGUUGACAGAAGUCAAACUACUGCAUUCAUAUGUGAUUUAUAUGCAUUUAUUCAGAAACUAUAUUUAGAUAAUUAUGUCUGAUCUCAAUGUACAGAUUUAAAUAAUACAUUUGUUACCUGUAAGUCAUUCUAAAAGCAGGUAUUCUUAUCAUUCACAUUUUCAGAGUAGUAAAUAACAUUUUUAUCUAGCAAAUGAGAGUGCAUUUAUUGCAUUAUUAUUGUUUUAGUACCAGCUUAUAUAAAGCACUGUAACUUUUUUCCUAAACUUUUCUUUAUUAUUCUAACUAUGCAUAAUAUUUCAUGACUGUUGCAAUACUCCUUUGUGAUUCAUGUUAAAAUAUGGAUAGCAGUUAAAAUACAGUUUAACUAAGCAAUAAAAGUAAAUUAGCAUUA